AUGAGGACAUCAUCUAGGUCUGAAAGUGAAAGUCACAUGUUUCAGCAAAUGAUGAAUUCGUCUUCCACUUUGAUUGAGUUUUAUACUCAUUUUGAUACUGCUAUGCAAAGUCAAAGAUGGGUUCAAUCUGAAAAUGAUCAAAAAUCGAUGUAUACCACUCUUGAUCUGGCAACUGAAUAUGCAUUGGAAAGACACGCUCAUACGUUGUUUACGCAUGAUGUUAUUUUGGAUAUCCAGAAAGAAAUGUGUGAGGCCUUCAAACAUUGCCUUUGUUUCAAUGUUUCCGAGUUGACUGAUGGUUCGAAGACUUUUUCAAUAACUGAUACAAGUGUCAAAUCAUGUGAUAUUGAUGACUCUAUUGACAGAGAUGCAAAUCCUAACUAUUUUGAUGAACUUGUUCAUCGUCAUAGCCAGGUUACUUUCAAUUUUGAAGAUAAAGUAGUAACGUUGGAAGAGAUACCAGAUGAGUAUAUAACAAAGAGAUGGAUGAAGUGUGUUGUACCUGGACGAAGAGUUGGCAAACUGAAUUUGUUGCCGAAUCAAAAGAAUGAAUUGAAGCCUAUUUUACUUGAUAUUUUCCGAAAUGUAGAUGCUUGUGUAAAUAGGUAUUUGGCUGACCCAGCAAAACUUGUUCAAUUUAGAGACACUUUGGAAGAGUUGAAAAAGAAAGCUGGUGAUGAUAUGGGCUCUAAGCCUCCAAUGGGUUCAAAAGAAUUUAUGGCUGCAAUGACUGGACUGCCUCAACCUUCUUCAAAUGAAGUAACUAAUCCACAAAAUAUACGAAAUAAAGGUUGUGGAACUAAAAGAAGGCUCAAGAGUGACCGAGAAGAGGCUAUUUUGAAAGAAAAGAAUUGGAGAAAUUGUGCAUACUGCAAAUCUCUACAGCAACAUGAUAUUCGAACUUGUCCAAUCAGAAUUAAGGCUGAGAAGUUAGAAAAGGAGAAACUAAGAAAAAAUGAAAUGUUUCAUUUUAGAACUGCAUAUAGAUACUUUCAUUCCUAUUGGUUAGUUUCAAUUUGA